AGUAGAGUACUCUUGGAAAUCGAUGGGUCUGGCCCUGGAGUGUAAACCCCAUGAGGCUAGAGAGCCUUGGACUCAAAGAGAAACAGUUUGCGCAGCAUUUGCGCAGACAUUGUUGACUGUUUCAAAUUCAAGACGCAGAUUAAGUUACACAAUAAAGCCUAUAAACACAGUUCUAAACAAAUCCAUGAACACAGAGUUAUUAUAUGUAUAAGAUAUUUGAUGAAGAGGCAGUCGUAGGCUGUGACGCUGGGUCUAGAUCUGGACUAGGAAGAGGUUUCCUGUCGCUGGGAACUGACUGAGAAACGGAAAAUGGCGGACCCCUAUGAGGUGAAACCAGAUAGGAGACUGCUACGAUCCCGUCGUAUUGCGGUGUGUAGAAGUGACCCAGGAGGGAAUAGACUGCCUAAAACCGAGCCAAAGAUAGUUCUGGUUCAGAGACCCGGGAAGGAGGAGAGGAGAGAAUUUGCAGUACAAUCGCAGCAGCCAAUCUGUUCCAGUCGACUUACAAAUGAUGUAAAACAGCCUGAGGACGCUGCUGUCACACUGAUAAAGGCUCCUGUAGUCUGGUCACCUCUUACAGUCAAGGCUGCUGUGAGUAGAUUAUCAGAGGGGCACCAUGCAGUAAAGACCAGUCCACCUGCACCUAUGGUCAUAAAACAAGAAGUCUGUGACCCGCUGCCUAAAGUGACAGUAGCAUGGUCACCUCUCACUGUUCAGGCUGCCGUGAAGAGAUUGUCAGUGGUACAACAUGAGCAGCGAACCCAGCCCAGUGCACAUGUAUUGGUUAAACGUCAUGCCGAAAAUGCUUUUGGAUCAACGAUACUACCCAAACUGAGCAGACGGACACCGUCAGUGAUACCAAAAGUGGCACAGCCAGAAGUUCCGAAAAGAGAAAUAAGGGUUAUCCAGACUGGACGUCACCACAGGAGCAAAGUGCUCCAUGGCCCAUGGGACAGAGUCGGGGACAACCUCUUACGGGGAAGAUUCAAAUGUCUCCCUAAAACCAUAAUGAAAGUGCCUGGUUUGAAAGACAUCAUGAUCGCAGAAGUGCUAAAAGUGCUGGAUAAAGAGUGUGAUACUCUGACCAGUAUGACGUUUAACUCUGUACUACGGGAGAACGACCCAGUGGCUCUCAAAGACUUCUGCUGGGAUGAAGUGAUGAAAGAGUGGAAGACGGCAGCACCUACUUUUUUUAAAUUCUUGCGACAUGCAAGCAAAGUGUUUGAAAACUCAACUGCAGACCAGGCAUACACACCAAAAGACAGGUCCAUACCCAUGGCCAUGGGCGGUGCUUUACUGUUAAGAGCACGUUCAUCCUCCAUGUGUGCCCCCAUGUACAUCAACUCAAUGAUUCUGCAACAGGAAGGAACAAGAAAAAGGUGUAUUGAUCAACUAAACAGAGUUGGCAUCUGCAUGUCACACCGCAGGAUGCAGACGAGACUUAAGAACAUUGAAGAAACACUGGACGGCGAGUUGGUCAGAUGGGAGGACACAGAAGAGACAGAUACAGCAACAAAUGAUUCUGAUGAAGAGAAAGAAGGUUCAUCGUAUGAAGAUGGGGACAGCAAUGUCCCUGAGAUAACAUACAUUGUGUCAUAGUGUGCAAUAAAACUAAAAUGUAAAGUAAUUUGUGUGCAGCAAUACCUAAAACUACAUGUAGCUACAAGGCAUCGCUAAAAAAGUGUCUGCCACAUGAUGCUAGCAGAUGGUGUGGUUUAAUUGGCUCCAAAUAACACAAAUAAAAGGUCUACAAGGGUUCAUGAAGUA